UCACCUGCAAGAGACUCGUGUGUUUGUUUUGCUGGAGCCACUUUAGCUGAUAUUCCUGAUGCCUUUGUUGAUUUAUUGCAUUUAGCUAACAUUUAUAAUCGCCAAAAUGCCGACAACAGAGGAUUUUACGCACUUCCCGGUCCAAAUGUGGCAGAAAGUGCUGUCGAAGGUGAAGAAAGCUGUUGUUUUUAUGGAUGACAAGUGUGCUGAGAGUCUCCACUGGUGCGGAGGAGCCGUCGUGUUGUUGGAGGCUGGAGCCCGAAAUUUAAAGGAGUUUUCGAGCUUUGAAGCCUGCGGAGUGAAUGAACCGAAAGCCGUGUUUGUGGUGAGCACGUUGUUGAAGGGCAGAACAGUCGACAUCAUUAAAGACAUCAUAUCUCUCAGCCACUUCCAGUACUGCGUGGUCGUCACCGCAGUGUCUCACUCCGUGCACCUGCUCGCCAACAAUGUCACCACAGACAUGGAGGGUAAUCCUGUGUUUGAGCAGUUUGAGGAAAAACUGUGCGAGUGGAUGGGAAACAUGAACUACACGGCUGAAGUCAUGCACGUCCCAGUUGUCUUCGCCCCUGUGUCCCAGCAGCUACUCCUCACUCCCAUGUUUGCACACCUGUUCCCCCUCCUCUCACCUGAUCUCGAGGCAAUAAACGCAAAACGACCAGAGAAGAAGAGAUUUGGGAGCCUGGUUGACAUAGAUAUGCACUCUCUCCCCACUGAACUGCAGUUUGAGAUCAAAUCUUUGGCUUCAGUUUUGAAUUCAGUGUUUGAAGCUACAGGCACCAGGGAGGAGAGUUUUGCUGUAGGUCCCAUGAGCCGCAUCAUCGCAGGAGAACUUGCCAAUCACCCUCAAGCCAAAAACAGGAGGAAGACAGCCCCUAAUAAAGCAUCCAUCAUUUUUGUGGACCGAACAAUGGAUCUUACAGGAGCUGUUGGUCACCAUGGUGACAACCUGGUGGAGAAGAUCCUCACUAUGCUCAAACCGUUGCCUGGUCAUGUGACAGACGUACAGGUUGACAUGCUGGAGCUCACGAGUCUGCAGCGAACACCUCACUCCGAGACCACCCUGGCCCCCGGCUGCCUCGCACAGACCCAGUCACCUGCAGCACAGGCACUAUGGGAGGCCAUGCUGACCAAUAAACAUAAAGAGGGGGUGAUGGAGGUCCGGCGGCACAUAGUGGAAGCAGCCAGCAAGGAGAAGCUGCCAAUCAAGAUGAGCAUGGGCCGUGUGACCCCCGAGCAGCUGUGCUCCUACACGCAGCUGUUCAAGAACAGUUGGGAGGCGCUAGAGAGUCACUGCGGGGUGCUCCAGCUGGGCCUGGCCACGGCCCAGACUCUCCGCCACCCGGGCCUGCCCCGCUGGGACGCCUGCCUGGCCUUCGAGAGGCUGCUGCUGCAGGCUCUCGGAGACUCUGAUUUCUCUGCUGUACUGCGGCAGCUGCUGCCUCUGAUGAAGCCCCGCGGAGACGACGACAGCACGACCUCGGGGUCGAGGUCCAGAGAGGACGAAUGUGGGCCCGAUGAGCUGAUCCUCCUGCUGGUCUACCUGUACUCCCUGGCUGACGAGGCGCAGACCACAGACCAGGACACUGAGGAGGAGGAGCUGGAGAAGCUGGAGAGGGAGCUGAUAGGAGCGCUCACCCUGGUCAUCACCCGAGAGACCGAGCUCAGCCCCCUGCUGCAGAAACUCACCGAUUGCACAAAUCCCAAGGAGCUGACCACAGAGCGAGCCCAUUCUGCUGUGGAGGAGAUGUUCGAGACCCUCCGAGGUUUGAGCCACACCAGAGACCACCUGAAGCAGCUGCGCUCCGUCUACACCGCCAGCGAUGGCGUUCACCAGGCAACCUAUCGUCCUUUCCUGCGGCAGAUCCUCGAGGAAGUCUUCCACCCUGACAGACUUGAAUGCCCCGACAUCGAGCACAUGUCUGGAGGCCUCACUGACCUGCUUAAGACCGGCUUCAGCAUGUUCAUGAAGGUGAGUCGUCCACAUCCCAGCGACAACCCUCUGCUCUUCCUCUUCUUGGUCGGUGGAGUCACGCCCUCGGAGCUUCGUCUCAUCAAAGAGGUCGUUACCACACACAAACCAGGGACCCAGGUGCUGGUUUUGUCCACCAGAUUACUGAGGCCGACGGAUAUGCCCGAGCUGCUCUUCACCACCCAAAGACUGGCGCCUGAUAUCGGUGUCUAACAGGGAGCACGUGGAAACGCAUGCACACGUGGAAGGAUACACGCGCCGCGAACGCCUCGACACGUCGUCAGGUGUGAGUCGAGUAAUGAGAGUCACUGUCAAAGCUGCAAAAUGAAAAGGAAGAGAUUCACAAAUUAAGCAACAUUCCUCUCCCGUUCAUGUCAGUGUGUUUUGUCAGAUUUAAUUCUAAGGUGAAAUGUAAUUAUAACAAAGGAGCUGUUGGGUUUAUUUUUCUUGGAGACGGAGUUAAAAACUUCCGAUCAAGAGGUGUAAAAUAACAUCAAAUGUAAAAAAGAAACAAUAAAAUUGACUUUUCAAGCA